AUGACACUGUGCAAUCUGAAAAUUCUCCCAGACGAACCAACGAUUGGUCAUAAGCCGGCCGCCCAUCGUUCGGUCGCCGCAUUCGAUUUGGGCGGUGGAUCGACCCAACUGACUUAUUGGCCGAACAACGAGGCGGUCUUCUCAGAACACAUUGGAUACGAGAGGGAUAUCGAUUUCUUCGGGCAUCACAUCCGUCUUUUCACUCACAGUUUCCUUGGCAACGGUCUAAUUGCCGCCCGUUUGAACAUUCUUCAACUGGAAACUGAUAAUGAUAUUGAGACGACGCAUCAGUUGAUUACCAGUUGUAUGCCAGAGGGAUAUCAGUUGACAGAGUGGGAAUAUGCACUCAAAUUUUGGAAUAUUAAUGGUUCGUCGUCUCACUCGUUCUCCACAUGCUACGACGUAACCAAAGCGUUCGUCGAAUCGAGUGAAAUAAUGCAUUUGCGAGAGCUGAAAGGCGCGCCAGUCUACCUGUUCUCCUAUUUCUUCGAUCGCGCUCUCAAUAGUGGUCUCGUGAGCGGAAACGAGGGGGGACAAAUUGAAUUACGGCAAUUUAAACAGGCAGCCGAGGUGGCGUGCCGCCGUGGAAAGUCUGAAAUUGAAGAUGACGGAAGUCAUUGGAUGCCGUGGCAGUGUCUCGAUUUGACAUAUAUUUAUUCGUUGUUGAGAGACGGCUAUCAGUUUGAGGAUAGCCAGCCGAUUGUGCUCGCCAAAAAGAUCAAAGGAAUGGAAGUAUCGUGGGGACAAGGUCUCGCGUUCGCCACCGCCAACGAGUUCCAACUAACCGAGGGAGCCAUCAAAAGUGUGCUCAACUCCACCGCCGACCAGAAUUCCACUGUCGUAGAUCAAAUUUUCGAUCUGGUCUACUCGGGAACGAAUCAAGUUCUUUCGUAUUUUAAUAUUAUUUCAGUUUAA